AGAAUGCUUAUUAUUUUUCCAUUGAUCAGUAAUUUCAUUUGCAUACGAUACGUUGUUCGUGCGAAAUAAAAUAUUUCAAUACAAAUAUGUUUACCAAAAUUCUGUUGAUUUGUCUCUUGUCGGCUAUUUCGGUGAUAACUGUAAGUGCCGAAAAAAAAUAUAACAACCAAAGUGAACUCAUAGAUGACAUGUUAGAUAACGUGUUUACGUGUAUGCAAGAACUGGACGUGAAUCCUGACGUUUGCGGUGAACUUUUGAUGAAGGACAAAGAUCACAAUGAUAAGAAAUACGAUAGCUGCAAGUGCCUCGGACCAUGCGUGGCGAAGAAAAUGGGAACGAUGAACACGGAUACUGGCAAGUGGAACUGGGCCAGAUUUAAAGUGUUAUCGGAAUUGAUGGAAAACGAAAUGCUCAGGAACGAGUCGACCAUAAUGCAAACUCACUGCGUAGAUGAAGUAAAUACUCAUUGCACAGCCGGUUACGUGUUCAUGAAAUGCAUCUUGAAGAAUUCCCCUAUGGCUCAAGAUAUGGCCAAAAAUUAUUUGUCCACGAAAGAAAACACGGCAAACGAAGAAGAAGCCGCGAAUUAACAAUACGAUAUACCUAAUAAUAUACAUUAUUAAAAAACUGUACAAUACACGAUACUAACAAUUGAUUUAUGUAGGUACGCAAACAGUGUAAUGCACUCACCACAUGCGUUGUUGCUACGUUUUUAUUAAAAAGUACAGCAAAAACAUAAAUAAAUACUUUAGCACGAAAUCGAAUAACUAAUAUUGCUUUAUAUACACAUUUAAAA